AGUGCAAUAUUGCAUUCGUGUGUAGUGCUUGUCUGGUCUGUCAGUUUAUUAAGUUAAAAACUUUUAGAACCACUGAAAGUUUCCAUUACAAUGAACUCGAAUGACGUAGUUCGUCUUUUUUUAGUGCUUUUUUAGAAGAAUGUUCAAGGUAUAUGUCACAGUGAGGGAAAAUAUAGUGUUGCAGGCUCGCAGGGGUUCCACUGAUUUGGGAUUGCUCCUGUUCUGACCUUAAACUGCUGUGUUAAUUUUACGAAGUUUUUUUACAUGGCUAUAAAAAAUUUAUGACUUGCCGCAAGCUGCUAGGACAGUAUAAACCCACAAGCUGUUGAUACUUGUACUCCUACAAUUGCAGUUCUUUCUAAUUCCAAACUCUGAUUUUCAUCUUCUUUCAUUGUGUGCCAUUUUCAUUUUAUUCAAGUCACAACUCACUAGUUUUUCUGUCAAUCAAGGUAUUCAAUUUCUCAUUUCCUACUUAUACACAUGGAAAAUGAGUAAUUCCUGCCAGGCAGUGUUCGUCUCUCUCCUGGCGCUGGUUUCUUUUGGCCACUCGCAGUUCUUCAAGGAAAAGUAUGAACAUUCCCCGACAACUUUAUCAGCUGAUGGUUUGCCUGCCCUUCUGAGCAAUUUAAAAAUUUCUGACUUCAAGGAAAUUCUAAAGCCCAUCCUUGUUGAACGAGUUCCAGGAACCAAAAGUCAUGCUAAAGUUAAAAAUUAUAUCACAAAGAGUAUGCAAGAGCUUGGAUGGACGGUUGAACAUGAUGCUUUCAUCGACAAUACACCUUUUGGCCCCUUCAAUUUCACGAAUAUCGUUGCCAAACUGAAUCCUAAUGCAGAACGAUACCUCACGAUAGCAGCGCACUAUGAUUCCAAAUGGUUUUCUGAAGGGUCUUUUAUUGGUGCCACAGACUCAGCAGUGCCUUGCGCCAUGAUGAUCCAUAUGGCUAAAAGUUUGCAGGAUCAGCUCAAAGCUCUCGAUUCGAAUAAGCUCAGCCUUAUGUUUGUAUUCUUUGAUGGGGAAGAAGCAUUAUACCAAUGGACACCAACAGAUUCUCUCUAUGGUGCAAGGCAUCUAGCGAAUGUUUGGCACUCAUCACCAUUUCCGACGGACAGCAAAUCUACAACUCAUCUCCAUAGAAUUGAUCUCCUUGUCCUUUUAGAUCUGAUCGGUGCUGCUAAUCCUAGUUUCUAUAGUUAUUUUCCAAAUACCCAUAAACACUAUCAGCAACUGGUGGGUAUUGAAGAAAAUUUAACCAAACUAAAUUUAAUCCAUCAUAAAAACAAGCGGGUACGAUACUUCAAAGCAAAAUCUACGUCUGCUCGAAUCGAAGAUGAUCAUUUGCCGUUCCUCGAGAAAGAUGUGGAUAUAGUGCAUUUAAUUACGCAACCGUUUCCAACGGUCUGGCAUACACUAGAUGACAAUGAAUCCAUCAUCGAUUACCUUUCAGUAAUAGACAUCAUGAAAACCUUGGAAGUAUUUAUUUUAGAAUAUUUACGGUACACUGCGUAAGGUUUCUUGCUGAAUGCAUUCUAAGCUAUUUUCUCAGCAAGUCAACAGAAUUCAAUAUUUAUUGAUUUUGACGCUUCGUGUUACCUGCAUUUUACAUUCCUUUUGGUCUUUGACUUUUAAUGAUUUCUCCAGGAAUUGUAACAUUUUUUAACCUGACCCUCCUGAAAUGUUAAAAAACUUCAACCCUUACUCUGAAGCGCCCAACCAAAAAGUGCCCAUUUAUCUACUUAACACUUCUCAACUUUAUUUUUACAAUGACUUGACGCACAAACUGCAUUAUUAAUUAAGGACCCCCUCCACUAAUGCGCACACACACAUCACUCAGAAAAAGUGAAGAAAAAAUUCAGCUUUUUAUUUUCAUUGCCCCCAAAUAACAUCAUAUUAUAAGCAUUUUAUUACAUUCCCUUUUUUAUUUGCCUAAAUAAGCACAAAUGUUUUAUUUCUUUGUCAUUUCAAUAGGUAACAAAGAGAUGAAAUAUCUUUUAACCCCCUUUGAAGAUAAUGCCUUGUGUGAAUCUUUAGGUUUCUGUACACCAUUCACUUUAAAAGUGAAAUUUUAGUGUUUUUAUUUUCUCUUGAAGAUAGUCAACUAUGUGUGUUUUAAGUUGUCCGCGCAACAUUCACUUUAAAAGUAGAAAAUUGUGCCCAGGUCAUCAAAAAAUGCUUACUUGCCUAAAAUGAUACUCUUCAAUGAAUGGGAAAUUAUUUACAUAGUUAGUUAGUUAAAUUUCCCUCUGUUGUGCCAAGAUGAAUAUAGACAUUUUUAAAAAGUUCCUGAAUCACAGCUAAAAAUCAAACUACUGAUAUUUUUAUCUUAGGAUACAGAAUGAAUCCUUACAUUUUUUUUUUGUCCGUGAUAAGUUUCUAAUCCUGUCGAACAGUGAAAUUUUAAAAACUGGCAGCUCCUCUCAUUCUGAAUCUUCCAGGAUAAUUUGUCUAACUUCUCAAGUGGUGAUAAGGGGAUAAUAGAGUAAUUCCUUUAAAAAAUUGUCCUGCAAUUUUGUAAAAUGAUUGAAAUCAUGAGUCUCUAAAAUUGUGAUAUUCGAACAAACAAGAUGAUUCAUCAAUGGACAUUUCAACAGUUUCACAAUUUAUUAGUGAAAAGGCUGUAUACAGUCUUCCUAGCUCUUGCAUUCACUUUUUAUGACUUUAAGCACAAAAGAACAUUAAGUAUUUUGAAUAUUCAAAUAUUUACCUCUGUACCAUUUGAUAUGAUAAAACAAUUUAUGAGUGGAAAGUAAUGGUUGGAAAAAGUCUGAAAUUUUAAGGUAAAUCUGUGUACCUGAGAUGAAGAAAUGUUGAAAUUUAUGCACAGGCCAGUACAGCGAAAAACCAAUUAUGGGUAAAAAAUAUUGAUUCUCAGUUUUUUUAUGCUAAACACUAUUUUACACUCUCAAGAACACUAGGUCAAGGGUUCAAGUCAGAAUUGGCAUUAUUACUGAUGGCAGGAAUGUUUAACUGAUUGUGAAUAGAUUUUGAGAAUGGUAACAGUGCCAGCAAUUUUCAACGGUGUUUACCUCAUAUUUUCCAUUCUUGGCCCUCAAACUUUAAGUUGCUACUAAAGGGAAUUUCAGGCCUCAAUUGGUGCAGUCAACUUCUCUCAACUAUAGUAUGGUGCAGGUAUCUAACUUUUUCUCCCCAAGGCACACUUUCCCUGACUUUUUCAAAUUUGUAGCGAUUUGUUUAUUGAUAUUUAUAAAAAAACUAUCCAAUUAUCUGUUAAGACAUAAAUUUGGACAAUAUUUUAAGAUAUAUACAUAUAUUGUUUUUAGACUUUCUGAAGGUUAGGUAUUGUGAUAUCCCCCCCCCAUUUUUACCCUCUUAUCAACAAUAUACAGCUCCUAAAUACUCUAUAAAGACUAAUACAAUAAUUUAUGACAGUAUUUCCGCAUCAAUAGUUUUGAAGUAACUUCAAAAAUCCAUGCCCCGUUUUUAUUCUUUUCUAUUUCUUCACAUCAUUGUGAAUUGCGUCUUCGCUCUUCGCAACUCUCUCCAUGAAAAUGUUUUCAUUUUUAGAGGAUUUUCAAAACAAUUUUUUCAGUAUUUUUUGGUGCAAUAAUUGAAAGACAAUGUUCCUAAUAAUUUUUAGAUGGAGUAUCUAAGUGGUAUUUGUUAAAAUAUUCACAGAGCACUUUUAUAACAGUUGCAAAUUUAUCGAGAGUAUCCAUGGGAUAUAAAUCAUAUUGUACUUAUUGUUCUUCAUUGUUGUUGCAUUAAUUUCAGAAGAGAGCUUACCUGUUAUUUUGUUUCCUUUAUUUUAUUUUAUGAUUUGUGUUAACACUGCAUCCGUUCUGUUGUUUACUUUUAAGUCUACAUCUAGUUAACUUUGAAAAGUUGGAAAAGUGCAAAAAAUGUUGACAACUAAAUUGAUAUUUACUGACAAUAUGUCCGUUCUGAAGGCCUUUUUAAUUAAAAGUGUACUCAUAAGUUCAUAGCCAGAAAGAAUUUUUAGAUUUAUGUACUUCCAAUUCUGUCAGUUGCUUAAUGUUAACAAUGAGUUAUUAUGAUGGAGAAAAUACCCUCUCUUCAUCAGAAUUUAUUAUCAUACCAAUAGAAAAGCAGAGAAAUAAUGAAUGUUAUGUUAAACAGGGUUACCUCAAUAAAUUUCUAUGAAGACCAGGAA